UCGCCACACCGUUACGUCAAAUCCUUCCCGUCAGCGGAUGUUAUUGGAGGAGCUGAGUAGCGGAGCUAGCCUGAGCUUAACCCGGUAACUUCCCGCAGUUCUUCCAGCACCUUCUCUCCGGAAUAUCCCCGUUUAACAGGUUUUUCUGGUAUUGGGUAAAAGAAGAAGCUACCAAGUUUGUUGGGAAACUCAUUUGAACUUCCAGAGACACCACUGAGAGAGUCUGUAGGAGGGCUGUGAGCGGAGAACCCGUCCGAGGCCUCCUUCCAGAGAAGAAGAAGAAGCAGCACCAUGUCCAGCGACCCUCCUCCUCCCUACCCAGGGGGCCCCAGCGCCCCGCUCAUCGAGGAGAAGAACGGGCAGCCUCCAGUCUCUGCUCCAGCUCCAGCAGGACCAGCUCCGGUAACGACCGGACCUCCUGUAGGACAUCCCAUGCCACCAGAGUACGGUCCUCCACCUUACGAAGCCACAAUGCAGCCUGGCUUCGUUCCACCGCACGUCCCAGGGGAGGGUCCUAUGCCUAUGCCCAUGCACCACCCACAUGGUGGCUACUACCCUCCUCCUGGUCACUUUCCUCACCACAUGCCAGGGCAGUUUGGACCGGGGCCCAGUCACUACGGCCCAGCUCCGGGUCACACGGCGACAGUGAUUGCCCCUCCAGGGGCUGCCACCACAGUGACGGUGCUGCAGGGCGAGAUGUUCCAGUCGGCGCCGGUGCAGACGGUCUGUCCACACUGCCAGCAGGCCAUCAUCACCCGCAUCAGUCACGACGUGGGGCUCAUGAACACGCUCUUCUGUCUCUUCUGCUUCUUUGUUGGCUGUGACCUGGGCUGCUGCUUGAUCCCGUGUCUGAUCGACGACCUGAAGGAUGUGACUCACACCUGCCCCAACUGCAAGGGCUACAUCUACACAUACAAGCGCAUAUGCUAACAGCGUCCCCCCGCCGUGCAGCCCCACCCCAGCCCUGUCCUGAUAGCUCACUGGCGUGGGUCCUGAUACUUUCCCCCAUCUUCCUUUUCUCCGCUCCGUGUGCCGUGCUUCAUUUAGUCCCGGCUGGUUUCCCAGGUUUCUGUUUUUACUAGCUGUGUGUCCAUCGCUCACUGUAUAUAACUACUGACUCUCUAUUUAACUCUGUACAGGGACAAGUUUAGAAUUCGACAUAACAAAGCGUUGUGUUAAUAAAAUAAUUAAAUAAUUAAAAUGAGGAAGGUAGCAAACCUCGCAGAAGAAGGGAUGACGAGGCAGUACCUUGUAUAUGCACAAAACAAGCAUUUAUAAAUAGUGAAUAGUGGAAGUACCAUUAGGACUGUUUUGUAUUGACGAAGCUGCGUAGGUUAGCGGAAGGUGAGUCUGUGAAAUCGGUCACUUUAUACGUCUCUCGUGUGAACUUUGCCGAGUAGCAUUACCGAACGAUGAAGUCCAUUUCAGGGUCAGUGUUAUUUUUUAAUUGUAAUUAUUUAACGUUAUUAUUUUAUCGUUAUAACAUGUUAAUACGAAAAGCCUGUGAUGGCUGUGUCUGUUUUUGGAAACAAGUUACAACCCAGUUACAGUAACUCACUGUUUCUCACGCAGAUUUAUGCUGUUCCUUUUACAUGUGAACACUUUUACGCCUGUAUAUUUUAUGUAUGUAUAGUCCUCUUGGGUGGUUUGGAUUUGCGAGACUUCAGUGCGCUUGAUCAGAACCGAAACACACGCACACAUACAUACAGUCAUGUGAAAAAAAAUAAAAUAAAAAAUAGGACACCUCAUGAAAACAUAGAGAAAUUUUUUUUUGUUUUUUUAACAUUUUGAAAUAGUUGGACAUUUGAGCUUCAUAUGAACAGAAUAGAAAGAUGAAGAUAAUAUAACGAGUAACAAAAGCUAAAAAAAAUGUCUUUUAAACAUCAUUAACAAAACGCAAGGAGGUUUGAUCGGCUAUGUAUUGUAUUCAGCACCAAAUAUGCAAUCUUUGUGGGUAAUGAUUUAGAUCAGAACACUAACUGGAUAGUCAUCUAGAGAGUGCAAUACAGAGAAUAUAGGACACUAACCAGAUACCCCUCUCUGCACUACUUACUUAGUCUAGUACAGUAUCAGAACUUUAUUGGAUACCUUCUUGAGAGUGCAUUAUUUAGUCCAGUACUUUGAGUAUCGGGCCACUAACUAGAUUCCCCUCUCGAGAGUGCAUCAUUCAGCCUAAUUCAGUGAUUGUCAGGCCACUUACCAGAUUGUUCUCUCAAGAGCGCAUUACUCCGUCCAGUACAGAUAAUAUAGGAGUUCACAGUGAAGAGUGCACUAGUUAGUCCAGUACAGUGAGUAUCAGACCACUAACCGGAACCCCUUAUCGAGAGUACUGUACAUCACUCAGCCCAGUACAGUGAGUAUCAGACCACUAACGAGAUGCUCCUCUCGAGAGUGCAUCACUCGGCGCAGUUUAAUAAAAAUAUCAGCCCACUAACCAGAUAACCCUUUCAAGAGAGUAUCAUUGAAUCCAAUAGAGUAACUGGAUAUCCCUCAAGAAUACUGUACAUUGUUUAGCCCAGAGUAUCUGAACACUAACCGGACAACCCUCUCAAGAGUGCAUCACUCAGUUCUGCCCAGUACACACAGUAAAGUUCUGCACGUCAACCCAAACCCGUCCCUAUGAGGGAAAAUGUUUUUAACAUGUGUAUAAUCACAUUACAUGCAGUUACAUUUCCUGCAUUAUGAGAAUAUUAUAACAAAUUAUUGUUUAUUGUUAGUUGUUAGAGGGUGUCCAGUAUUUUUUUUUUUUAAACAUGCCUGUAAAUAUCCACCCACACACACAUAUAUACACCCACACGUACACACACUUAUACACUUACACACUUAUACACUCUCCUGUGUGUAGAUUUGUGCAAUUUUUCAUGAACCGUUUCUUAAGCUGAAAGCAAGUGUAAUGCAAAAUGUUAAAAUGUCCAUAUUUAUCCGCUCCUUUGUAAUAAUGAAGAAAUUAGUAGACGGGUUCCGCAUCUUAUCUUAUCUUAUCUUUUUCUACGUCUGUGUACGGCUGUCCGUCAUUUCCGAGCCUGUGUGUGGCACUUGUGGUACGUCCGCCGCUGCAUUUGCUGUCUUAUUAAACUGUGAAUCAUACAGAUAGCUCUAAAGCUCCUCAGCCAUUAGUGUCGAUCAUUCUUCAGUACCGCCCGUUCGUUGGUACGUUCGUUCGUUUAUUCGUGAGCUCCGUCAGGCUCUUACCGCAAGACGUUCGGGUUUUUUAGGCUUAGCCAUUUCAUGAAUGUCAAAAUAGGGACCUAGAAAUGAGUGAGCCUAGCAAGGGAAGAACAAAACCAUUACUUUUAUGCAUUUUUAAUAAAAAAAAUAAUAAUAAUGUACCGUAUUUUUCAGUAAGACGCACUCAAUCAGUGAACGUCUAUUUUCUGUUCUAUUUUCAUACUUAGGGUGCAUCAAAUUCUAAGGCGCAUCGAAUAUGCGACACUAGUAAGGAACAGGGGUAUCGCUAUGUUUUUCCUCUAAUUUAGCAGGUCUCGCUGCUGGGUGGUGGUGGGGGUUUAACUAAUGUAAAGCUAAGCUAAUAAACAAAAAUGUAAUUCUUAAAAAAGAAGUGUCAAAGUUAUUCUACACAGAUUUCUCUCCUGAAAACUGUUCAUUUGGGUGAGUAAAGCGCUUAUGUUUAUUUACAGGAAGCUUAGAUUCCUAAAUUUCUCCAGCACUAAGGCUGGAGCAUUAUCAUUAGCCACUUAUACACUAAUGAACCCUGAGUGUUCCAGAAAGUCAGGGCGAAAGAGCUAGCGAUUAGUGGCUAAUGCUUUUUCCAGCAGUGAUAGCCAGGGUUAGCAGCAGGCUACAGUCUGAUAAUACUUAUCUCUGAACGGCAAAACAGCUAGUGCUUUACGUGGUUAGCGGCUAAUACUAAUGCUUCUCCAGCAGUGAUAGCCGGGGUUAGCAGUAGGCUACAGGCUGAUAAUACUCAUCUCUGAAUGGUGAAAGUGCUAGCCCUUAGCGUUGUGGUUAGCGGCUAAUGCCAAUACUGCUCCAGCAGUGCUAGAAGGCGUUCGGAGCAGGCUACAGGCCGAUAAUACUUACUUCUGAACGACGAAAGAGCUAGCGAUUUGCAGCUAAUGCUGUUCCAACAGUGAUAGCCAGGGUUAGCAGCAGGAUACAGGCCGAUAAUACUCAUCUCUGUACGGUAAAAGAGAUAGCAAUUAGUGUGGUUAGCGGCUAACGCUGCUCCAACAGUACUAGCCGGGGUUAGCAGUAGGCUACAGGCUGAUAAUACUCACCUCUGAAUGACGAAAGUGCUAGCCCUUAGUGCCGUGGUUAGUGGCUAAUGCUAAUGCUGCUCCAGCAGUGCUAUCUGGCGUUAGCAGCAGGCUACAGGCUGAUAAUACUCACCUCUGAAUGGGAAAAGAGCUAGAGGUUUGCGGCUAAUGUUGUUCUAGCAGUGCUAGCCAGGCUUAGCAGUAGGCUACAGGCCGAUAAUAAAAGCUUGGUUAGUGGUAAUGCUAAUGCUGCUCCAGCAGUGAUAGCCGGGGUUAGCAGUAGGCUACAGGCUGAUAAUACUCAUCUCUGAAUGGUGAAAGUGCUAGCCCUUAGCGUUGUGGUUAGCGGCUAAUGCUAAUACUGCUCCAGCAGUGCUAGAAGGGGUUUACAGCAGGCUACAGGCUGAUAAUACUCCCCUUUGAAUGGGUAAAAGAGCUAGUGCUUAGCGUUGCUAGCGGCUAAUGCUAACACUGCUUCAGUUUUGGUGUUGGAGAACUAAACUCCUGUAUAACUCUGUACUUCUGCAGAGUGGCUUUACUGCUCCUUAAUACCUGAUUGGUAGAAUUUAUCCACAAGGCGUACUGAUGAUUUUUGAGAAAAUUAAAGGGAUUUUAGGUGCACCUUAUAGUGCGAAAAAUACGGUACUCUGAUCAGAACCAUUUAAGCAGAACAUCUCCAGAAUAAGCAGGUUGGUUCUUGGGCUGUAAAUAAAGGAGUGAGAAAGUCAGUACAGGCGCGAGAGCAGAGCUGAUCUCCUUUGUAAGAGGAGGUGAUCAGCGCACUGCGUGACCUCACUCUUAUCUCGCGCCGGACCGACUCUCUCCGGCCAAAUGUCCCAUCUGUGCCGGGAGCAGAUUAACCAAUCACUGAGCUCCUCAUCACGGAGCCUCGGCUCACAGGGAUUGAAGGGUGGAGAGCCCCACCUGCUGAUCUUCUGGACCUCCACAAUUCUUAAUUUAGGUCUUAAUUUAGAGCUUUCUCAUUUUUUACCCAAACUGAACAUCAUUAGUAUUUAUAUUUAUGUUUUUUCUGUUUGUGUCGAUGGUCAUUUAUAUGCACCACUUAAACAUAAAACAUACAGUACCAGUCAAAAGAUUGGACAACUUUAAUUCAGUGUUUUUUCAUUCAUUAACAUUUUUCUUUUGCAUUUUAGCUUAAUACUAGUAAUUAAAAUCAUCCAAACUAUGAAGAAGAACAGAAUAUGGAAUUGUUUAGUAAACAAGACAAAAAGUGUUAAGGGUGGAGUCAGCUACAAUCAGUCAACAGUGUCCCUUUAAUGUGUGUUUUAAUGUGAAUAUCCCUUUUUUAUUAAUUUUUCUAAUCCAUAUUAUGAACUAUGUAAAGAAAAUAAAAGAAAAAGGAAAUGAUGGUCACUUCAAGACUUAGACAAUCUGAAACAUUUCAAGAACUUUGAAAAAAUCCUUAAGUGCAGUCUUCGCAAAGACCAUCAAAAACGUAAUGAUAAUGAUGAAACUGGCCCUAAUCAGGACCUCCUCUGUUGUACAGGAUCAGUUCAUCAAAGUUACCAGCCUCAGAAACCACAAGUUAACAGCUUUCUUAAGUGCUUUACAGAGUAUUUUGGUUUGUUUAACACUUUUUUUUAAGUUACUAUAUGAUUCCUUAUGCGUUCCUUCAUAGUCUGGAUCACUUUACUAUUCAUUUACUAUGUAGGAAAAAAAUAAAAACACUGAAUAAGAAGGUGUGUCCAAACGUGGUACUGUACAUUUCAGGUAGAAAUCAUGCACAAUCAAGUGAACAUGAUUUAUUACUGAACCCAGAUGCAGUUUGAUUAGCGAGAACAUGUUUGAUAUCUGACGUGUGUCUAGUAGUGAAAUGAAGGUCUAUAAAUCUAUCAAUCUAUCUAUCUACUGGUGGAUUAGACCACAAAACUAAAUAAAAAGCAAACCAAAAAACCUACCAAAAGGGAGACACAUUUUCUCACAGAAAUGUGAGAAUUUAAAACUUUUACUUUUAAAGUAUUUUGUUAUUGCUUUGUUUGUAUUGGUGACUUUUAUUUUGAAAGUGGUGCAGCAGGCAGGUCAUGUGAUGCACAACUCCAGGUGGUCAUGGGGGUUGUGGGUUCGAUUCACUUAGCAAGUCACCACUGUGCAGGUUUCCUAUUGGUAUCCUAAAUUGUCUCAUAGGUUUGAGUUUUGGGUAGUCCUACAUUGUGCUCAAUAAUUUUGGGAAGGUAGAUACUGACUUUAAAAUAAAAGUCUGUUUGUAUUAGUGACUCUUAUUUAGUUCCAUAAGUAGGCUGUAUCAAAGGUAUCGGACAUGAGCAGUGAAUCGUGGGUGACCAAGGACCAUGAAGGAUACAUCAGCUGCGCCCGUUACAAUUGCUCUGAACGUCGGCUGCAGCUGAUGUAUCCUUCAUGGUCCUUGGUGGCCCACGAUUAACUGCUUAUGUUUAAUAUGAAGGAAGAAGCAAAAAACAACUAAACUAAAUCAGGCGAAUAAAUAAUGGCAAAAAAUUAAGAAUUUGGAGUAGUAGUAAAUUGUUUUAAAAUGAUUUAGGAUCCGCCUCUGGUUGCUAAUUUGACCUAACGGUGGAAAAUUUGGGCUUCAUUCCUGUAGGACAUGGAGAUAAGGAUUCAUCUUAAGUGGAUUGUUGGGUGUUUGAUAGCAAUGUUAGCCUAGCAUCUUUCUUCCAUUGUAAACUUCUGAAGCGCAGACGUAUUGGCUAAUCAAUCCAAUAUCUGCAUCUGGGGUCAGAGAUCAAUCAUGUUCAAUUGAUCAGUUUUUCAUCAGAUCACUCCUUUAAACCACAGGGAUCAUCAAUUCCAGUCCUCGACAGUUUCGAUUAACUCUUCAGUUAAUAAUCUCCCAAAUUCAAAGGAUGACCCUGAUGGUUUAUAAGAAGUGAUAGCAGUUCUUUUCGCAGUCUUUUUCCAUCAAAAACACGCAAAUAUCCUGUUUUUCUUUUAUGCAAGAAAAAAGAUACACCUGGUUUUGAAGCUUUAUUCUUAAAAUCGAUGCAUGUUCUUCUGAUAUGCACCAAAAAAAAGACCUUGAAAGCGUCGUAGAGAAAAGGGAAUGGAGCGAAUUUUGUAAUAAAGUCAGUUUUUAUUUGAUUAUUUGCUGGAUUUCCAGCACUGAACCUCACUCGAUUCUCUAAAGACGACUCUCCGCAUCUUUAGACGCCAGCAUGAACCUACUGUACAUAACGAACCAACACACGGAUGCCUCUCUGAAGAGAAAAAACAAACAAAAAACAAUCCGAAGCGAAUCCUAGUAUGCAUGCUCCUCUGGAUUUCUGAAUACUUGCACAAUCUGAGCUGACUCCCUUUAAUCCGACCUGCUUCUGAACCCUGUAGGCCUCCAGUGCUUUGUGAAGUGGCUUGACGCUGUGGAAGAUAGACUGACUAGACGUAAAGCUUUGUGUUACAGGAAUGCAUCAACUUUAGAUCAACGACUGCAGGUAGUUUGUGGCAUAAAUCUACGUCGCCAUUCUAAACCGGAUUUGUCAUAUGUAUGUAAAGCAAAACAGACUGUGUACAAUUAUUAUUUUAAAAAUAAUAAUAAUGAUGAUAAUAAUAAAAAAAACAAUCUUCUGA